UGUCUGAUAUUGAUCUAAGUCUUGUAAGUGAUGAAAUUGAAUAGAAGAAAACUGUGGAAAGAAAUUCAUAUGGUGCACAGUUAUUCCUGAGUAGUAGACUGUUUCAUUGUGCUUAACAUCACCAUCUUACCAAUAGUUGCAUUUAGCGGAGUUUACUACAUUGCAAGGCUUCAUUCCGCAGUCUUUGCUUUCAAGAUUGUCAUACUCCCUGCUUCAACAAUCUUACAAUAUUCCUCUAGAGAAAACCAGUGAUGAUGCAGUUACUUUUCCCAGCUUUAGCAUUGAUGCCAAUGCUCACUCUCACAGAAGGUGCUAAUCAUACAUCAAACACGAACUUUUCAAUAUCUGCUGGGUACAUAUCUUCAGCAAUAUCUGUCAUCUUUUAUGGUAGCAACUUUGUACCUGUUAAACAAUAUGAAACGGGUGAUGGAAUGUUUUUCCAAUGGGUAUUAAGUUCUGGUAUAUUCCUUGUCGGACUUAUCAUCAACAUCUACAACCAAAGUGUCUUUUACCCUUUGGCAAUGGUUGGCGGCGUCAUUUGGGCAACAGGAAAUCUGUGUGUUGUACCAAUACUGAAAACUAUUGGUCUCAGUUUGGGGUUGUGUAUUUGGGCUACAACCAGUCUAUUGAUGGGUUGGCUCAGUUCAAGCUAUGGUUGGUUUGGCAUCAACCAAGAGAAAUCGCAUAACAUGGUCAUGAACUACAUUGCCCUGGCUUUUGCUGUCAUGAGUGGAAUUACCUACACUUUGGUGAAAAGUGAAGUAACAACUUCAGACUCACAUGACCCUCCAUACAGAGAGGUUGAAUAUGACCCAGAUAUUACUGCUUCUGCAAAUUCUGCUCCGGUAAUCCAGAACGAAGUCAAUGAAGGUGCUACUAUUAUUGAUAAACUAUCUCCCACAAGAAAACGGAUUUUAGGAACUGUUUUAGCUCUGGGUUCUGGAUGCCUGUAUGGUCUCAACUUUGUUCCAGCUAUCUAUAUUCAAGAUCAUUAUUCUGGUGCCAGUCCUAAUGGUUUGGACUAUGUUUUCGCUCAUUUCUGUGGGAUUUACUUGACUGCAUCAACAUAUUUCUGUAUCUACGUUAUUUUCAUGCGUAACAGACCUGUAGUUUACCCUAAAGCUAUUCUCCCAGGGAUCAUAUCAGGAAUAAUGUGGGGUGUUGCCACAGCCUGCUUCUUUGUGGCCAAUGCAGUUCUGUUGGAACCAGUCUCCUUCCCCAUUAUUACAUCAGGGCCAAUGUUGAUUGCCUCAGCAUGGGGAGUGUUGCUCUUUAAAGAAAUUAAGGGACUCAGAAACAUGUUAAUCCUGUUUUUAGCAUUCGGUUUAACAAUAGUCACAGCAGUUCUUUCUGGGCUAUCAAAAGUGAAAUAAUAAACAUCCAGUUAUAAACAUUAAUUCUUCUUGCAGUGAUAUAUAUAUAUAUAUAUAUAUAUAUAUAUAUAUAUAUCAUACACACACACACAUAUGUAUAUACAUACAUAUGUUUAUUUACACAUAUACAUAAAUAUAUUUAUACAGGGUGAUUCACAAAGUUCUUUAAGCAUGAAUAUAAACUGGUUAAUCACUGAGGUCAGCUGGGUUCAGUGGAGUUUUAGUCUCUCAUUCAUCCGUCUUCCUACCUCUCCCUCACACCUCGUCAUCACAUCUUUCACCCAUUACCACUUCAUUGCAUUUAUUAAAUCCCCAACUUCAGCACCUCUUAAAAAACAUAUAUAAUGCUGCUCUAAAAAAAUAAUGCUUGGAGCAGACCACCCUAUUUGGGGCCUUUUAGCUAUGUUAGUGUAUAAAUAUUUUACAAUGGAAUUUAUGAAUAAAAAUCCUAUCUAUUUGACCCUUUUGAUACCAACUCACCUGAGACCACCCCUGGUUCUGUGAUAUAUAUAUAUAUAUAUAUAUAUAUAUACUUCCUGUUUGAAAGUGACCUAAAUUAAAAGUUUCCGUUAAAAUUCCAUGUUGAUUUAUGUUCCAAAAAGCAGUUUAACCCUUUUGAUACCAAAUCACCCAAUACCAUCCAUAGAACUAAGAUACAGAUUUUUUUUAUUUCAAAGUAAAGUAAAUAAAAACUUUCCAUUAAAAUUCCAUAUUAAAAGUUAUUUCACUAAAUUCUUCAUUAUUACCAAAAAUCAAUUAAAACAAAGGCAUUGUAUUUUAACAGGAAUUCAGUAACAAAAGGAUUAACGACAAAAUUAAUUAAAAUAUAUCUACUGUAUUUCAACAGAAAUGUGGUAACAAAAAUGUUAAAGUGAUCUAAAUUAAAAUCUUCAAUCAAAAUAUGUUAAUAUACAUUGCAAAUGCUAGCUUCAUAAUGACAAAGUUAUUUUACUAUUCUUCAUUAUUUUCAAAAUUAAUUAAAGCAAAUGACAUAUAUAGAUGUUUUCAAUCUAGUUUGGAUUCUUUGCCAUCAAAUUUGAUUGCAAAGAAUUCAAAUUUGAUGGCAAAGAAUUUAAAUUUGGUGGCAAAGAAUCCAAACUAGAUCAAAAGCAUCUAUAUUUCAGUAGAAAUAUUGUAACAAAUGAGUAAAACCUCCCCUGUUCCAUUUAUUUUCUUCAACCAUGUUGGAUAAUCUACUUAAUUCUAUUAUUCUUGUUUGUUUUUGGUGCUCUAUAUAAGCAUCAUAUUCUUUUUUUUUUUUUUGUUUUAUUUUUCAAUCAAAAAGACAUCUUUAUAUUAUUAGAACAUUUAAAUACAAAGAAACAAAAGGAGUGAGAUAAAAAAAAAGAAAGGGAAAAAGAGGUGGGGGGGUAAAGCAGCAGAAGAUGUAAGGGGAGGGGGAAGUGGGCCGCAUAUCCCAGAACAGAUGGUGUAUUCAGCUGUGCCUGACAAUAAUGACCGCAAUGGCAUUGCCAUGAAGAAUGGCCAGUAUAUUAUUGUAGAUAUUUAGCAUCAGGUCAGUUCUAAUCAAGCUGACGUACAAUAAGAGGCAGUUCAGCCAUGGCCGUCCAGGUUUUUCCAUGGUACAAUGCAUUCAGGACCACUUUAUUCAAUAUGCUCUUAUUUAAGACUGUAGAGUAUGAUAUGAGGGUGAUUUGGUUGUUAUUUCUUGCAUGUGAAGCAACCACUGAGAAGCUCCUUCAUUAGCACAACAGUCAUAAGGUUAUCCAUGCUGCUAACAUGGUUGAUACAUCUUUAGCUGCUGAAAACAUUCUUUUUUCUGUUCUUUGAAAAUAUGUCCAAUCCUUUUGAUACCAACCCUCCUGAAAUCAUCCCUAGUUCUAUCAUACAAAUUCUUCAUUUUAAAGUGAUCUAAAUAAAAAUCUUCCAUCAAAAUUUCAUCUUAAUAAAUCUUCUAAAUACACCAACUUAAUCACAACGAAGUUAUUUUACUAAAUUCAUUAUUUUCAAAAUUAAUUCAAACAAGUGUUUCAACAGAUAGUGUUAUAUUUCAGGAUGGUUCCCCCGCCUUUUUUUUUUUUGCCAAAUAAACACAUGCAUUAUAUAGUGUCAUUCACCUGAAAUCUUUUGUCACACAUCCUGUGACCUCUUCAGUGAUAUGUGACAAAAGAUUUCAAACAAAAGACAUUAAAAUAAGAACCAUAAUAAAGCUGAAGUGAAGAACAAAUAUACAGUGCAUGUGUUUAUUUGGCAGAAAAAAACAAAUGACCGUCCCAAAAUAUUACAAUAUCUGUUUCAACACACAAUUUCACAUCAGGAAUCUUGCAAAACAAAUACAUAAAUGUUUCAGCAGAAAUAUAGUAAUAAAAGUGUUAAUAAGAAGAGGAAUUCUUCUUUCCUAAAUGCCAACAAAUUUCUACUAGAAUUUCAAAGUUAAACAGAGUGAUAUAUCACAAUUCUGCCAUCUAGUAUCACUACCAUUAUAAUGUCCUGCUUAUAUCAUUAGAAGUUAUCACAUCAAUUCUAUAUUUUCUUCUCUAAUUUCUAUUAAUUGUUAAUGGCACUAAUUGAUAAUGAUUUCAUCAUUCAUUUGUAAUACAAUAACAAACGAAACAAAAACCUGAAAAUUAUUUAUUUGCUAUUGUGUAAAUAUACAUGCAUAAAUAUAGAUAUUUAUUUGUAUGCAUAUGUCUUUGUUGAUCGUGUAUGUAUUUGUGAAUAAUUUGCAAAUACUUUCAAUAAUGACACUAGUGCUAGUUGUAGUGAAGUGUGAUCAAAUAAAUGGUUAUGAAGUUUGCUACACAACCAUGAGGGCCCCAGGUUCAAUUUCACUACAUGGCACUUUUGAGUAAAUGUCAUUUUCGAAAACCUUGGUUUCACCCAUAUGUUGUGAAUGAAACUGGAUUGAGAGAAACUGCAUUGAAGCUCAUUGGAUACCUGUAAUUCAAAAGGUACAGCUGUCAUGCUUUGUGUUGCAUCAAUACUGCCAAAAAAUUAAGAUAAGGCUAUAUGUUUCUGUGAAAUACUCUGCCACUUACACACUUAUCCAAUGAACAGGUAGUUCAGUUGGUUGAACAACUGAAUUUUCUCAUUGUUGAAAGUGGUGGGGACCCAUUCAUCCAUCUCCUAGAUGUAGUUGAAAGAUGAUGAUGGUGUUGGUGAUAAUGAUAAUGAAAAUUAUAAACCCAUAUAUACACACAUAUCUACUAGGUUAUGUGUAUGUUUUGCUGUGAAGGCACAUGGCUCAGUGAUUAGAACAUCAGGCUGACAAUCAUAAGGUAGUGAGUUUGAUUCCUGGAACGGGCUGUGUGCUGUGUUCUUGAGCAAGACACUUUAUUUCACAUUGUUCCAGUUCCCUCAGCUGUAGAAAUGAGUUACAAUGUCGCUGGUGCCAAGUUGUAUAGGUCUUUGCCUUUCCCUUGGAUAACACUGGUGGUGUGGAGAGGGCAGGGUGGAAUGCAUGGGCAACUGCUGGCCUUCCCCAAGCAACUUUGCCCGAACUUCCUAGGUGCAAUCCCAUGGUCAUUCAUGACCAAAGGAGGUCUUCUAUGUGUCUGUUCUUCUGUAAUGAUAAGGCGUAAAAUUGAUUUCUACUGUGCUACAUUUUAACCCUUUCACCUUAUCCAAGCCAAAGCAUGUGAUCCCUACUCUUUUACCUUAACAUUAAUCCAUUCCUUCUCAGUCACAAACCUAGAAUCCCUGCCCUCAAUUUCCUCCUCCUGUCUGACAUUCAUAAUAUGCCCUCUAGUACAGGUAUCUUCACAAAAGAUAAAGAAAGUGGUUAGAUGCAGUUUGUGUACCAUGCCACCUAUUUGCAUUAAUUGGUUACAACAAAGACUUACAUUUCUUUCAAUUUCUAACCCUUCCAAAGUCAUUUUUUGUAUUUACCUUUUUCUAACUCGACUAGAAACUGUACUGACAUCUCUUCCCUAGUUUCACCAACACAUUACAAUAUGGCUGGAUUCUUGGAUAAUUACCUCAACCCCACUUACAUCUCAUCCUACAUCAAUAUCUCACACAACACAUCUUCAUUUAACCUCCUAAUAUUUGCGUUUCUACCAAUUCUGUCAAGUCUAUGACAGCAAAUAUACUACUUAAUUCUCAAAUAAUCUCCAAGAUCUAAGUAAAUGAUGGAAACUUAUGUCAGUAGGCCUCCUCCUCAAAGUCCCAAACACAGUUUAAAUUCUGUUGACUGACGCUUUCCAAGAAGAACAAAUAGUGGUGCUGCUGCUGUUGAAACAAAACCUCAUUCUAGAGCACCUGGAGAAAAGUUUCUCACUUUUACUUAUGGAAUAGAGCUAAUUUUCAAAUGCCGUGAUUCAUUCAACAACAAAACCCAGAACACAAACUGCCAAACAAAUUUUCAAAUGUAAAAAUGAUUCUUUCCAAAGAUAUUUUUCUCCCAAUUUUGCUGAGUCUCCCUUCUUACAAUUUGUUCUCAAAUUGAACAAUACUGAAAACAAUACUCCUGGAGAGAAAGCCCUCUCUUUUACUUACUUCAUUCUGAACUCCAAUUUCUACAUACACUCAACCACAAAUGCACACACACACACACACUCUCUCUCUCUCUCUCUCUUUCUCUUAUAUAUAAACACACACAAACAUAAAUAUUCCAUUUCAGAAGUCCCAUUUCCCUUGGCCAUUUUCUUCUCAUAUCCAUUCUUUAGUUGUUAAAUAUUACAAAUUCUUCACUCGUUGUUAUCUAUAUUUUUAAAUUAUAUAUAAAAUCUUCCAAAUGUAA